AUGAUCCGUCCACGUAGUGGUGAUUUCAUCUAUUCACAGGAUGAAGUCAGUGUGAUCGCUGGAGCUCUUGACGAAGCCGUCUGCAAACGCCUGUUGCAAGCUGCGCGACCAGCGCCCUGUACCUUGCACCGGGCCUUUGAUCUUGCCAAGGACUGGAGAUCAGCUCUAGAUCAGGCUAUCACCCUUGGCUUCAAGGUCGUUCUUACCAGUGGUCAAGCAGCAACAGCGGUAGCUGGUCGUGACAAGCUGAAGAAAAUGAAGAAGGAAGCAGGAGAUCAGAUCCAAAUUAUGGCCGGCUCUGGCGUAAAUUCGAAAACACUUCCAUCGUUGCUAUCCAUAUCGUUUUCUCCAAUCAAGUCUCUACAUCCACUCUCGGAAUCAUAG